AUGGCUACCAACACCAUUCAUGGCAACAAUGAAUCUGCUCAACCCAACAACAUUGCUUCCUCAAAGCAGCCACUUCCUCCUGCCAAGACUGUUGAUUCUCAAUCUGUUCUGAGAAGAUUGCAAUCUGAAUUGAUGGCUUUAAUGAUGAGUGGAGAUUCUGGGAUAUCUGCAUUUCCUGAAGAGGACAACAUAUUCUUCUGGAAGGGAACAAUCACAGGAAGCAAAGAUACUGUGUUUGAAGGCACAGAGUAUAAGCUGUCCCUCUCUUUUCCCAAUGACUACCCUUUUAAGCCUCCAAAAGUGAAGUUUGAAACAAACUGCUUCCACCCCAAUGUGGAUGUGCAUGGCAAUAUAUGCUUAGACAUACUCCAGGAUAAAUGGUCAUCUGCUUAUGAUGUUAGAACAAUUCUUAUAUCCAUCCAAAGUCUGCUUGGAGAGCCAAACAUUAGUUCACCACUAAAUCCACAAGCAGCACAGCUUUGGGACAAUCAAGAAGAAUACAGGAAGAUGGUGGAGAAGUUGUACAAAUCUGCAAAUUGA